UCAAGCGUAGAGAGAGAAAUAAACAAGCUUGCUCAAGAAAGACUUUGUUUGUUUUUGAGCGUGUGUUAUACCCGUUUCGUGCGGAGGAGGAAACCACACGCGCAAAACGCGAGGAGGAGUACGUCCGCGUGCGCGUAGAGAGUGCAGCGCACGAGCGAAUAAAUGUGAAGGAGAGGGAGGGAUAUGCCUUCCAUACAGGGCAGAAGCCUUACUUCCCACUAAGAUCCCAGGCAUAUCCUCUUUCAUCCAAGUAAAUCGGUCAGUCUCACUUUUUAUGUUACCGCGAAUAUUCUUCCUCAUAUCCUCUGUUUAGAGGUUUAGAACUUUAAAAGAUAUUUUUUGUUUAUCAUUUUUAAAGGAAAAGUCAUUAAGCCCCUUGUUGUGAGAGAGGAGAGGAGAGGAGAGGAGAGGAGAGAGGUGAGCUCAUUGUGUCGUAUAAAUGUACACAUCAUCCAAAAGCAAGGCUCUACAAAAGCAAUCACCCAGCGGGGGAUUUCCGGUGGAUAUGGCUGCCGUGAGCGUGAGGAGCAAGCAGGUGACGGACCCACUCGACGAUCGGGCCAAGGCCAGGCUUUACGGCUAUGGCUGGUACAGCGGCAGCAGCAGCAGCAGCAGUGGCAGCGAGCACGAACCUGAUUCUGAGUCCCUCGGCCGCCUCAUCUACAGUUUCAUGGAAGACGAUGAACCUCCUUCGCCUGUUAAUGGGCCUUACGAUUCCACCACUAUGGUGGAGGAUGGGGAUUGCGACGAUGCCCAAAUUGUUGAGAUGCUUAAGGGGCUUGUCCAGCCUCCUGAUCGCGUGGUUGCCUCCCUUGUUGAAAGGGCCUUGCAAAGUUGUUCCUCUCACGAGGAGAGGUCGGUUCACCGGAGAAGAGUGAUGACUGACCUGAGGCAGCAUGGUUACAAUGCAGGGCUCUGCAAGUCCAAAUGGGAGAAAUCGGGCGGCCUCAAUGCUGGGACCUACGAAUACAUCGAUGUGAUCAAGGCAGAUCAGAGGUACCUCAUCGACCUCGACUUUGUGAGCGAAUUCGCCAUCGCAAGACCCACCCCAUACUACACCGUUGUCCUGGGGGCCCUGCCUUGGGUUUUUGUGGGGAAAGUGGAGCAGCUGAAGCUGGUUGUCAGGUUAGUGAGCGACGCCGCCAAGAAGUCGAUGAAAGCCGGAGAUCUCCACCUACCCCCUUGGAGGAAGAAUCGAUAUAUGCAGGCUAAGUGGUUUGGUCCCUACAAAAGGACUGUGAACCCUGUAGCCGGAGGCGCCACCGACGUCAGAUCGCCGCCAGAGUCAGCGCAGAUGGCACGAUCUGUGGGGUUCGCGGCCCCAGUGGCCUCGAAAUGCAGGGAGCGGCCGCCGUUUGGUGGUGGCGGGAUCAGACACCAAAUAAAAAUCAAUUUAAUUUAACUGGUUGUUUAAAGCCGGGAAGGAACCCCCACCGUACGCGGCGGGCCGUGGCCGAUCGGGCGACGAAAAGUCGGCGGAGGAAGAGACACACUUCAAGGGGCCUGUUAUUUUUCCUUUUUUUUUUUUCUUUUUUUUCUCGGUAGUUUUUUAUUAUUCUAUGGUGUCGACAUCGAAGACUCUGGAAGACGCGAUUUGAUUAUCGCGACGCGUGUCUCAUUGAUUUGACAGGCUUGCCUGCUGAUGGAUGGUGGAUGGCCUCCUUAUCCGUUUCGAAGAGGAGACGGGAACUCUACUCUGGCUUGCGACCUGGCGUUUGGACCUGUACCGAGCACACGUGGCAUUUUAUUGCUUAUAUUUGGCAAUCCCUCUUUGUGUAUAGUGUCUCCAAUGGUUCAUUUUAUUGCUUAGAUUUGGCAAUCCUCUCUUUGUAUUGUCUCUCCAAUGGGCAGGUGUGGGACCGAUGAAAUAGAGAUUAGUGCAAGUCUUUUUUUUGGGGUGGAGCAUAGGUUGGGCCCAUUGAAAUUAUAAUGUAAAAACUUUUUCUUCCUUGGCAC